AGGGACCCAAUACAAUGAUAUAUAGCUAGAGCAGGAAACUAUAGUGAAAACAGACCAGGGUUUGGAUAAUUGCUAGGCCUACCAAUCAGCUAAAAGGCUUACUGAUUGGUCCUCACUUGAAACUUAAAAAGCCACUAAAUAGUCCAAGACCAAGUUCAAUGCUUUGAUGAAUGAGUUUGAUGGUAGGGAAAGAUGUCUUGGAACUCAUUAGGACAAGACCAUGUGAAUCUUCAGCUUGGCUUUCACUUGAUAUGUUUCUAAACAUUCUUUCGUUGAUCUCUCUCAUCACUUACCAGUCUUACUUAUUUUUAAGGUUAGUAGUCUCUCACUCAGUGUAUAUAUAUAUAUUACAUAUGUAGCCACUGAUAAAUGCCAACUCAAUUCAAAGUCUUGACUCAAUCACCACCUACAACUUCUCCAUCACUGUAUACCAACCUUACAUUGGACUCAGUUUUCUCAAGAUGGGCAUUGGACUGAAAGGAAUAUCUCAAGCCAAGCAUAAACUUCAGAGAACUCUUUCAGCAAGAUAUGGGGCUAUUUCAGCCAAUGCUACUAAUGAUGUUCCAAAAGGUCAUUUAGCUGUUUAUGUUGGAGAAUCACAAAAGAAGAGGUUUGUCAUUCCAAUAUCUUACUUGAACCAUCCUUUGUUCCAAAAUUUGUUAAACCGAGCUGAGGAGGAAUUCGGAUUUGACCAUCCAACAGGCGGCCUCACAAUCCCCUGCAGUGAAGACUACUUCAUCAGUCUAACCUCAGCUCUAAGUUGACAAUAUUUUGGUCUAAUGAAGCCUAUUUAACUUGUAUCUUCCUCUUGCUUGGUUAAACCAAAAAAAAAAAAAAAAAAAACCCAAUUGAGACUGAUCAAAAGCCAGACAAGUAUCUUUUGUAAUCUUAAUAAACUAAAUUCUUUUACCAUUACAUCAUAUCACGGUGUGUUCUCCAAUAUUGUACACAUUUUAGAUAUGUAGCCUUUUCUGUUCCAUAUAUUAAAUGAACAAUGUUAACAACUCAAUGAAUAUUUGUUAUAGUAAAGUGGUGAUAUGCUGUAAAUAUUA